GUUCGACCGUCGGUUAUUAAAAAAUCCAAAUCCUUAAACCCCUUGCUUCAUCUUCAGUCUCAUCAUCUUCUCUGGGAACUAUGGCUUUCUCUUCCUGUCUCAAAUUCUAUCCAUUUUCAAUCUCUCAAGCUGUAACCCUAACUCAUCAAUCCUUCUCUCUCAAGUUAACUCCUCCUUCUUCAACCAUCUCCUUCGCUUCUCCUCACUCCGCAGCUCUCUCGUCUUCUGAUGUCAAGCUUCUCGACUCACUCCGUAGCCAGCCAGAUGACUCCGCAGCGCUUCGUCUCUUUAAUUUGGCCUCUAAGCAGCCCGAUUUCUCACCUGAACCUGUUUUAUACGAGGAGAUUCUCCUCCGGUUAGGUCGGUCUGGUUCGUUUGACGACAUGAGGAAACUUCUCGACGAUAUGAAGAGGUCGGGAUGCGAAAUGGGUACUUCUCCUUUCUUGGUUUUAAUCGAGAGUUACGCUCAAUUCGAUUUGUACGAUGAGAUUUUAGGUGUUGUUCAUUGGAUGAUUGAAGGAUUCGGGUUGAAACCCGAUACCCAUUUUUAUAACCGGAUGCUGAAUCUUCUCGUUGAUGGGAAUAAUCUGAAGCUUGUUGAGGUUGCUCACACGGAGAUGAGUGUUUGGGGGAUUAAACCAGAUGUAUCUACGUUUAAUGUUUUGAUUAAAGCUUUGUGUAGAGCUCAUCAGCUUAGACCUGCGAUUUUGAUGUUGGAGGAUAUGCCUAGUUACGGUCUUGUGCCUGAUGAGAAGACGUUUACAACGAUUAUGCAAGGGUACAUUGAAGAAGGAGACUUGGAUGGAGCUUCGAGAAUUAGGGAACAGAUGGUUGAGUUUGGUUGUUCAUGGUCUAAUGUCAGUGUUAAUGUUAUUGUUCAUGGUUUCUGCAAGGAAGGGAGAGUUGAAGACGCUCUCAAUUUUAUUCAGGAGAUGUCUAAUCAAGGCGGGUUUUUCCCGGAUCAGUAUACGUUCAACACUUUGGUUAACGGUUUGUGUAAAGCAGGGCAUGUGAAGCAUGCUAUUGAGAUUAUGGAUGUGAUGCUUCAAGAAGGGUAUGAUCCAGAUGUGUAUACUUAUAACUCGGUGAUUUCGGGUUUGUGUAAACUUGGAGAGGUGAAAGAAGCAGUUGAGGUUCUUGAUCAGAUGAUUACUAGAGAUUGUUCACCAAACACGGUCACGUACAACACUUUGAUCAGCACAUUAUGCAAGGAGAAUCAGGUCGAGGAAGCUACGGAGCUUGCCCGCGUUCUCACCAGCAAAGGGAUUCUUCCUGAUGUUUGUACAUUUAACUCGCUGAUCCAAGGUUUGUGUUUGACUAGGAAUCACCGGGUUGCGAUGGAAUUGUUUGAAGAGAUGAGGAGCAAAGGAUGUGAGCCUGACGAGUUCACUUACAAGUUGUUCAGAAUAUGAUUUCCUGUAGAAUUUUGGAGUAAUUUGUUUGCUGGUCAGUCCACUAUAUUUUGCUCAAUAACCAUCCUGGGUCGUAAUUUCAACCA